AUAUAAAAGUAUGGACUAAAGGGGGAGUAGUUUCAAUGCAGAUGAGAUAUAUGAUAAGGGACUGCGGAAACUUAAGAUCUCAGAGAGUUUCGAUGGAGAAGAGUAAUGGCUCCAAGGUUUGUGUUACAGGAGGUGCAGGAUUCAUAGGCUCUUUGCUUGUCAAGAAGCUUUUAGAGAAGGGAUACACUGUCCAUGCAACACUCAGAAAUUUGGAUGAUGUUUCGAAGGUGAGCCUUCUGAGGAACCUUCCAUAUUCUGAUAAAAGGCUGAUACUGUUUGAAGCUGACAUCUACAAUCCAGUUACAUUUGAGCAGGCAAUUGAAGGAUGUGAGUUUGUUUUCCAUGUAGCUACUCCCUUCAACCACACCCCAAAUUCCCAGUACAAGAACAAAAUUGAAGCAACUAUAGCUGGGGCAAAGAGCAUUGCAGAGGCUUGUCUUAAAUCAGGAGCAGUUAGGAGGCUUAUCUACACCAGUUCCGUGGUUGCUGCAUCUCCACUUAAAGAAGAUACUAGUGGUUUCAAAGACAUCAUGGAUGAAACAUGUUGGACUCCUCUUGAUAAUCUCCCAGUUUUUUGUUCUAAUCACUUGCUCAAGGACUAUACAGAUUCAAAGACACUGGCAGAGAAAGAGAUCUUGAGUUAUGGGAAUCACAACAAAAGAAGUGGACUUGAGAUUGUGAGCUUGACCUGUGGUCUUGUGGGAGGGAAUUCACUUCUACAAUUCACACCUGAAACUGUAACUUGGUUAGUUUCUUAUUUUAAGAGUGGUGCAAUGGAGUAUAGUUGUAUGACAUUCUUAGAGGAAUUGGUAGGGAAAAUUCCAAUAGUCCAUAUUGAUGAUGUUUGUGAUGCCCAUAUCUUCUGCAUGGAGAGUCCUUCAAUAAAUGGUAGAUUCCUGUGCGCAAGAUCCUAUGUUUCAUCUGCACACAUUGCUAGCUACUAUCGGCAACAUUAUCCAGAACUUGAAGUGAAGCAAGAGUGUUUGGAUUUACCAAAUAGGCAAAUUGGCUGGGGUGGUACCAAGCUUACUGAGGAGGGUUUUGUGUAUAAAUAUGAUACCAAUAUGAUUUUGGAUGAUUGCAUAACUUGUGCAAGAAAAUGGGGUACCCUCUAGGAACAACUUUCGAGUUCUGCUAGGAACUUCUGGACAUCAAAACCAUGGAGGGGUGUGUCAACUUUCGAGUCAUUUUAGAAUUUGCUCAAAACAAAAACCAUGCAUGCAUUUAUGCAAGAGAUGAAUUAGAAAUAGAUGACUGCAUCAGGGCAGCGUGCAAGAAAUUGGGGUGCCCUCGAAGCAGGCGCGGAUGUACAUGGAACAGAAUACAUGAACUAUGCGUUUUUGAAUAUGCUUUGCAGGCUUGGCUUAGUGUUCUUAAUAUUUGUCAGCUCGCCCAAGUUCGAUUCACAGCCACAACAUUCCUCUUUUUCUUUUACUUCCAUGAUUGUCUCACUGUGUGGUUCAA